AAUUACAUGGCAUGAUACAAAUAAACUUCAAAGACUCAAGACAAUAGUCCCGUCAUACAUCUUACAUCUGUUAAUGUAUAAUGAUUUCCAUAAUGUUCAAGUGAAUAUGGACAUUUAAGUGAUUUUUUACGUCACCCUCCCAAGUAGGACUGAACUGAGGACUCAUAAUAAGAUUAAACAAGGAAGCAUUUGCCAACAAACACACUGUAAUGAUUAGGCAUGAUGGAUGGUGAUCCCUGUGCGGCUUACAGACAAAAAGACAUUUACUAGAAAACCAAAUUUACAAGUAACAGAAACCAAAGGGUCCAUGAGGGGUCAAAACAAAGGCAGGUGGGUGAAACAGAAAGUCACAAGGGCUAAAACUAAAACAUAUGCAAACGUGGAGGGAAACACUGGCUAGAAACUAUUAACUGCACAUACAGGGAACACACAAGACCAAAUGCACAGCACUAAUAAUACUCACAGUGACUUACAGAGGGACAAGGCAUGGGCAGGCACUAAUAUACAUGACAAGGUUUCAACAAUGGACAGGUUUGGGCUUGUUACAGAUUGAUUGCUUGUGAAUACCUUGUGCAAACACCAUACACUAAGGCUAAACUGGAGACACAGGGAACACAGGUGAAACAGGACAUAAUUACAAAGCUAGAUACAAACAGGAACAACUAUCAAUGGUAUAAAACAAGAAGCUAUACAGAAGCACAAGGAAACAUAAUUCAUAGGGAUUACGCAACAUAAUCUAUGGCAUAGAACCUAAAAUAUUCAAUCCCUGAUGAAGGAGAUGCUCAGUGGAACACACUAGGAAAAGAACAUAGUGACACCUGCUGGCCAAACAAGGAAAUGAUGUACAGAAUGGGUCUUGACAGAGGCUGACCACAUUUAUAAUAUGAAAAUUAAAGGAUUUUUUUUCUGAUAUAAACUUGUUCAUCAUUGGUUGUUCUCUACCUUUUCAACAGAAUCUGCUAGUACAUUAUAAUUUAGGCAGACAGGGCAACAAAAGCACCAUGUUUAUUACUAUCUAAAUCUAUUGCUUUUUUAUUUUGAUUAAGCUAAGGGCAUAGCAAAUGUUUGCAUUAAAUUAUUAUUAACUUGAAGUUUCCCUUUUAAAAUUGCAGCAGUUUUACAUGAAGAGCUGAAAACCACAGAGCUCACCAUGUUGCUGGCUGGAUCAGGGACCAUUUCCUUAGGAAAUCAGAAGUUUCAGCCAGAAAUCAGUGGGCACCCACAGAGAAUUGUGGACUGGAUUGGCUGCUGGAAUCGUUUGGAGCAAGAUCUCUGGAGUUCACAAUCAUAGUUUUUACAUAUGAUGAUGCACAGGAGGACACAGUCAUGGACGACCUGAAGGGAAACACUGUUAUUGAGCAAAUUCUAGAUCAUUGUGGAGGAAGGUACCACACUUGUCAUCAAAGCAAAAAUGACUCAGCUAUGGUCACAGAGCUGCUUGAAAAGGUAGAGAUCAUGAUAUCAGGGAAGACACAAUGUUACUACAUCAAAGACAUGUACAAUGUGGAGAAAGCAGAUGAAGAGCAGCAAGAACCUUUCACUGGACAUGCUGAGACACCAGAAGAGGAGACUCCUGCAUCAGAGCAAGGAGGUCAUUCAUCCAGCAUUGAAGAUGUCACAGUUGAAGUCAAGGACGCCCGAGUGAGAGCAGGCCAAACCGAGAGCAAGAGGGCUGAAGGUCCACGAUGCGAGGACACGGAUAUUAAGGAGCUCCUGAGGCGACUUCAGCUACAAGAUAAAUUAACAACGAAUGAUUUUCUUCAAAUUAGCUGCUCCUCACUGCUGCAGCAGCAGCCGCGAACAGAGCAAGACAUGCCCUAUGCUUUUCUGCAGAGAUUGUUGAUGAUGGACUACAGGGCCAGAUAUGUAACUGUCAAAGAGGAGAACAGUAACGCAUGCAGUGAAAGGUCUAUUGAUAAGGCUAGAAUCAAUGAUGCCCCAACAUCUGCUUUUAAUGCGCUCUUCAGAAAAACGGUGAGUGAUGACGAGAGCAACAAAAAGAACGGCAUCCACCCAAUGGAUGUUCAGAUGGCUGUGUUUCAUUGUGCAGAUGAUUUCCUUAAGCAGUACAUGGUUACUAAGCUGUCCCAGUGUCAGUACGCACUGCCUCUCAUUGUGAUUAACCCCACUACUCAAGAGAUACAAUGUCCACUCUGGACAUUUCGGCAAAUAACCAAAAGCUGGAAGUCACAUGGAGACUCCGGUGAAGUGACAAGCAAAGCCAUGCCAAUCUCCAAAGCCGCAUUGCCGAUGAUCUCAGUGUUCAGGCUAGGCUCAGUGUCUACUUCCAAGUCUUUGCUGUUGAACGGCUUAAUCAACCAACGACACAACACAUUCUUCCACAGACACUGUCCAGGAAACAGUCAAAAACGAUUGUUGAUGGAUGGAGUUGUGGAAAUUGCUUGGUACUGUCCUUCUGGGAAAGAUACUGAUAAUUUCAGGGACUGUGUGGCGUUCUGCAAUCUCCAUGGUGAUGGGGAAGAAAAUGAGUUGCAGCAAAAGUUUUUGACCAAAUCUGCCUCAGUCAAUGUUGUCUUUUUACCAAACCUAACCCAAGAUAAUAAGGCUUUGGUAAUUGUAGAGGAGCUUUUCAGGUCUUCUAAACCUCUAAUAUGUUUACUUGACGAUGAUGACAGUGCUAUAACUGACAUGUCUGAGGGAAAAUAUAAAAUCGGGCUAAAAAAUAGAAAUCAGUCUGAUAUAUUCAAGGACUUGAUAAAGAGCAUCAGAGAAAGUUUGUCUAAACCACAUCAGGCCUUCAAACUUGAAGAUGCAUUGCAGACGUCAGGUUUCAAAGUGGAUGAGGACAAUGAAGACUGUAAAAAGGGGAAGGCAUGUGCACUCGACUUGCUGGAGCAACUGAAAGAAACCAAGCUGUUCAAAAUCAAAGAGGAGUUUCUACCUUGUCAGGGAAAAUUGUGGCAAGACUGGAGCCAGAAAAACAAAGAUCUGUAUCGCUUACAUGGAGACAUUGAGAAGCACAAGAGCAAAGUAGAACAGGACAUGAGAACAAUACGAAGAAAACAAAGAGACUGCGGACUGAGUAACCUCAUGGAAUCAUUUAUCAAUAAUUUGGCAACUCUGAACUCAAAUCAAAGAGCAUAUUUCUUAAAAUGGUUGGGGAUUCUGAUGGAUAAUCAUUCCUCAGGCACACUGCUAGAUCUUCAACGUAAGUAUGACCAAAAGUGGUCCUCUCUUCUGGCUUUAAAAAAAGAUCGUGCUACGUCAAAGAAAUUGGAAAUGAAUCAACAGGAACUGGAAACCAUAUCGGAGGAGUUAAAUGCUGCUACUUUUGGAAUUGAACACUUUCUGAGAGAAAUUGGUCAGAUUUAUGAAGCCUGGAGAGGUCAGAAAGAUCAGAUAACAAUAAAAGGAGAAAUGAGGAACAUUUCUUUGCUACCUGAACUGGCUGCAAAACUCAUGAUAUCUGGGUACCCAUUGGAGCUAAUGGACGGUGAUGCAGCACAUGUUCCUCUGAACUGGAUAGAUGCUGUUUUGAAUGAAGUCAUUAAGCAGCUUGGGGACAAACGCAUCUUUGUUCUUUCUGUCUUGGGUGUUCAGAGCACCGGAAAAUCUACAAUGCUGAAUGCAAUGUUUGGGUUGCAGUUUGCUGUCAGCGCUGGAAGAUGCACACGCGGUGCUUUCAUGCAGCUUGUGGAACUCAAUGAAGACAUGAAAAUGCAGCAAAGUUAUGACUAUGUCCUUGUUGUUGACACAGAGGGCUUAAGAGCUUUGGAGUUGGCUGGUAAAGAAACACUCCACCAUGACAAUGAAUUGGCGACCUUUGUCAUAGGUCUUGGAGAUACAACCUUGAUCAACAUAUUUGGAGAAAAUCCUGCAGAAAUGCAAGACAUUCUUCAGAUUGCAGUUCAGGCUUUUUUAAGAAUGAAAAAAGUGAAGCUGUCUCCCAGGUGUGUUUUUGUUCAUCAGAAUGUGGGAGACAUCACAGCUAGCGAGAAGAACAUGGAGGGGAAAAGGCGUCUGCAGGAGAAGCUCGAUAAGAUGACCCAACUGGCUGCCAAAGAAGAAGAGUGUGAUGUGGAGUCUUUCAGUGAUGUCAUCGCUUUUGAUGUAACAAGAGAUGUGAAGUACUUUGCACAGCUUUGGGAAGGCAGCCCACCAAUGGCCCCCCCAAACCCGUGUUACAGUGAGAACAUCCAGGACCUAAAGCAAACAAUAUUCUCUCAUACUUCAAAGUUACAGAAAAAAGGAAAAACAGUGUCACAUUUCAAAACCAGAAUCCAUGAUCUUUGGAAUGCUCUCCUGAAUGAAAACUUUGUCUUCAGUUUUAAGAAUACUUUGGAAAUUGCUGUGUACAGACAACUGGAGACUGAGUAUGGGAAAUGGACAUGGACACUCAGGAGGGCAAUGCUGGUAACUGAAAACAAACUACAUAACAGGAUUGAAAAUGAAACUUUUGACAUGAUGCUCGAAGCAUUUCUUGUUGAAGAACUGAUGGAGUCCUAUGAGCAGGUUAAGAAAAUGAUGAAUCAAUACUUUGAAGAAAGCCAGGAUAAGGAGGUCCUGGUUCAGUGGAAGGGAAGAUUUCUAUGCAAGAUCCGUGAGCUUCAUGAUGACCUUGUUAAAGGAACAAAAAGAAAAUUUGAUGAAGUUAUUCAGCAGAGAGAAGCUUGUAAGAAAGUAGAUGAAAAGAGAAGACAGUAUGAGAAUGAGCUUUUCAACAAGAGCAAAGAGCUGGCAUUAAAACUGAAAGACAUGAGCAAUGAAGAGGAAUCAAAGAAAGAGUUUGACUCAAUGUGGGCAGAGUGGGUUUCAGAGCUGACACAAGGCAAGACUCCCAUUAAGAGCAUUACGGUAGGAGACGACGUUCUACGCAUCCUAUCUGAAGACAAUGAGAGCAGCCUGGUACACAGUCAAAAAAAAUCUGCAUCCUACAAAAAUAUUUUGUGCUUAGGAAAUUAUUCACCCUACAUAUCAUUAAAGAAGCCAGACGAUCUUUGUGACAGGGACGAACACUCAGUUAAGCAAGAUCAAGAGAGAAACGUUUUUGCUGCGUGGUUUCAAAACGCCUUUAAAAAAGUUACUGAUUUAAUAUCAGUGAAAAACAAUACAAAUCUGGAAUCUCCUACAUCGAACAAUGGGCUAACACCAGAAGAUCAGGAUAGAAUACGAAGACUAUUGAAUGAUGUUGCUAAAGAAAUGGAGGCGUACAUUAACAACACACCAGUUUCAACAAUGGGCUACAAUGACAGUUACAUUCAGGAAAUACAACAUGCUGUCACAAGGAAAGUGAAGGAGUUUGAAUCAAAACACCAAAAACUUCUGUUGAAAAAAGAAUUAAUCAUAAACAUUUUGCUGUAUGUGUGUGAAAUGGCAGAGAGGAAGUUUACUGAGUUUCACAUGGAGUUCAAGGAAAAAAACGAUGUGGAAAUGUACCUAGCCAGUAUGAAACCGCAGUACUACAGCAUCUUCAAAAGCUACUGUCAGGGGGCAACAUCAGCGGCAGUGUUUGCGGAGUUCAUUUGCACCAAACUGAAAGAAUCCAUUUAUCAGGCAGUGUGUGACAAAACAGCCAUUGAUAUAGCUGGAGAAAUGAGGGCCAGUUUCCCGGCCUUUAGUGGGAACAGAUCAGGUAUGGAGGUGCACAUCCUGAGAUCGCUGGCAGAGGGAGAGAACUUUGACAAGUUCAUGGAGUACAUACACACCCCAGAGAAACACUUCAAAAAUUUCAUAAAACAUAAUGUGAAGAUGUACCUCCGCGCCAAGAACUCCUCCAAAAUCCUUCCUUUAAUCAAAAUCAAUAUUAAACAGAAACAUCAGUCUUUACUUCAUGCAACAAACACAGCAACAGCAGAAACCAAACAGAGUAAAGGCGAUGUAAACAUGUGGCUCAAGGUUUUUUCCAGACAGCUGACUGAUGAACUGAGAUUUGCAGAAAAUGACAUCAAAGGUAUGAACCAUCAAGAUAUUACUGACUUUGGUUUCCUUCAGGAAGUGAUGGAAAGGUCUCUUGGCACAGUCAUUGAGCAGGUAGAAGAGAAUUUUACUUCAAAGUUCUCCAUCAGUUUGAGGAAAUUCAGAGAAGGGCCAGAUAAGAUUCUGAUCAAGCAGUUGUGUGAAUGCUGCUGGGUGCAGUGUCCCUUCUGCAAAGCCAUCUGCACCAACACAGUGAAAGGUCACGACGGGGAUCAUCAAGUCCCUUUUCACCACACCAAUGGAAUCAAUGGAUGGAUAUACAGAGGGACUGAUAAUCUUUGUAUUGAAUUUUGUACAACUGCAGUUGCCAGUGAUAAGCGAUUCUACCCCUCACACACCUGUAGAGAUAAGGAUUUAUGUCUGUAUAAACAGUACAAACAAGCUGGUCCCAGAUACGCAUGCUGGAGUAUUACUCCCGAUAAUUCCGAGCUGCCAUACUGGAAGUGGUUUGUGUGCCGAUUUCAAAGUGACCUGGAGAAGUAUUACAACAGAAAAUUCCAUGGACAUGGUGAGAUUCCCCAAGAGUGGAGAGCAUUUACAAAAGAACAAGCACUCAGGAGCUUAGACAAUCUCAUUUGACUGAAGAUUCUGUUGUCUUGUUGAGGAAGAGGAGCUGCAGAUUUUACUUAAUGCUGAUGGUGACCACAACGUAAGUAAAACUGCUAGGCUGUCAAUGCAGUGAGACUUUCAUCAGAUCUACAAUCAAUAAAAUGCAGUAUAAAUACAGUGGAAAUACAAAAAACAGAUUCAGUAGAAAUUAAAUGGAAAUUUCAAAGUUCAAUCAAAUCCAAAAGUAUCCUCUGCACUCUGCCUACCCUUUGUAAGCUGUAUGUCAUACACUGUAACAGCAGAUUGAAGGGGUGUCGUUAGUUUCAUAUAAUCAUCAUUCAUUUGUUUCUGGCAAAAAAAAAACAACAUUUUACUCAAGUUAUACUUUCCUUUUUAGGAUAUCAAGUGUUGUUUCAUUUUUGGUUUUUCAUUCAGGUUUGAUCUAUAUUGUUUUAUUUUAGAUCCAGGUAACUGUGUCUUUUCAUUUUUAUUGCAAUUUUUGUUUUUAAAAUCCAUUUCUUGUGCGGUAUAACUUUAUGCCUUAUAACUUCAUAUAUGUUAAAAGUAGUAGGAAAGUACAAUAUGUGCUUUUUCCAACUUUGUUUCAACCCCAUAGACUUUGCUCUGGGUUAAGUAUACAAAACUGUUCCCUAACAUUUUCCUUUCAUAACCACAGAAAUAUAUUAUCAAACAAAAAAAAGCAUGUCUUUAUUAGUAUUUUAAUCGAUAAUCAGUAUUUCAGUUGGUUUUAAUUUCAUUUUCAAGAAAAAUCAACAUUUUACAAUGUUUAGCUUAUUAAAUGUAAUCAAUAAAUUGCUUUUGACAAUAAAAACCUUCAUUUCUAA